AUGCCUUCAGAUUCGCAAUACUUCUCAACACAGCCAGAGACUCCGCUGUUCUGGAGGAAUGCACGAGCCAUGUUGCAGAGAGAGGCUCCAGUCGGUGUUGACCUGGGCAGAGUGAUUGCGUUUGGCAAGUACCUGGAGUUUGUCUGCGUGAAAAGGCCAGACGGCUCCAGAGGAAGCGUUCCUGCACAAAUCGCCAUCUGCAAUGGAUAUGGCGAAUGCACAGUGGUGCACAUCAAUCUUCCAGCCGACGGCCACCUUCAUGCUUGGAAUACACAGUCAAGGAUGGCAGCUGCUGACUUUGUAUUUCUUUGGGGAGGCCACAAUGAUUUGAAAUCGCUGAAGAUUACCGCCCCAUGGCACAAAACGCAUGACCUAUCCGAGUCGCCACACCUGCAAGAUUUGCUGGGUUGCUUGGAGAAUAAUAGGCCUAUUGGUCUGAAAUGGGCUGUCCAAUCACUCUUUGGCUGGGUGAUACAAGGCUCAGUCACUCAACGCUUUCGCAAUCCUUGGGGCGGGGAAUACAUGCGCACUUAUUUGCCCACAGCAUCAGCACACAAUGUAUCCGAGUCAAAAGACGCCUUAUCAACCAUGGCAGUAGGGCUUAUCCUUUUGCCGACUUUCUUCAACGCAAGAAUGAAAGGCCUUAGGACGCAUUCGCCUUCGAUGUGCGGCAUCCGUGCUAUGACGCAUACCGAGCACAUUUCCCCUGCCUCUGAGGAUCUUCCACGCGGUACCGACGUCGCUGCUCUUGUCCCUCUCAUUGCCCCACCCUCAGGCCCACGUCCUCGCCUGCCUCCCCGGAAAAACAAGCCUCCUUCAGCAGACUUUGACAUCGAAGGCCCCUGCAUCUGCUGUGUCGGUUUGAUCGAUGUCGCAGAGGAGAUGGGUAAAUUGGCAGUCUUUAUAGAAGCGCUUGGCUUUCGUGUGCGUGGGAUAAUGGGGAACAAGUUGCAAAUCUCAAUUUGGUUGGAAGAUGCGGGUGAAACCGAACACGUAAUCAUGGCUUGUGAGUUGGUCCUUCAUACGCAUGACAAUCUCACCAGUCUAUGCGAGCAAUCUCAAUCUCGUUCGCCUCAAAGAGCCAAGCUGACGCACAGUGAACGCCCCUGCUACCGCAUUCUCAAACCACUGGCAAACUCGGCGAACAUUUCCCAACAAUCCCCUGCCAUCAAUCCCCUGCCAUCAAUCUCAUUCCUCCUGGCUGAUGACCUGCUUGUCCACUCCCUGGCUGACUGUGAAACAUAUGCCAAAGCUGCUGCCGAACGUGUCGAACAACUGUCUUCUCGCGCCACACAAAAGUCUUCCCACUCUGCACCACCACGCUCCUCGACCAACCCUAGACGCCUGAUCGCCCCUCCAUCCUCACUCCCGCCCCAAGACCUUCUCUACCUCUGCCACUCUAUGACCGCCCCCAAUCCCUCACAGCCACUCUCUUGGGGUUUACCCUGGGGAGGUUCCCAACCUCAGCAGCUACCUAAUCCUCGAUGGGGAUUUCAAGAGCAGAGGCGAAUACCAUGCUCAGACCACCCAGCCUAUGAUCCUACUUCAGGUGGGAGAGUUUGGCUAUACCUCAGAAGGGAAGCGGACGACCCCCAGCAACCAUUUGAUCAAAAGGAUGGGCUUGAAAUUGAUUGGUUGUUUGUAACGGUACUGGAAACACGAUGGCUAGGUCGCAGGUUGGGUCGAACUCGAUGGAUGUCUCGUGGAAGUCUAGGGUCUCUGGUGCUAAUGGAUCGUGUCUCCUCUGCAAUCGAUGUAGCCAAAGAAUGA